CCCGCCAGUUUGCUAUUACCAGGAUCGGAUUAUGAUACACGUGCUGCAGAUGAGAUUUUGACAAUGUCUAAAACUAAAGGAAACACUCUGUUUAGGUACUUUACCAAAUCUCCGGUGUCAAACAUAAAAUCACAAGAAAACAAAAAAUCUGUGUUGAAGAAAAAUUCAAACACUACAAAAGAACAGGAGAGUGUACGGCCACUUAGCGAAACUCGUGCUACUCACGGCAACAUUGAUUGUCCCUUUACUCUCUAUGAAGUUGUGUGGUCAAAACUGGAAGGUUAUCCAUGGUGGCCAAGUCUGGUUUGUAAUCAUCCUAAAGAUCAUGUUUAUGUGAGGCCAGGAAAAAUUCCCCAAGUCCAUGUUCAGUUUUUUGAUGAUCCACCAACAAGGGCAUGGGUAAAGAUGAAAUUUGUCAAAAAAUUCAUUAGUGGCAAUCAACCAGAUAUUCCAAGUCGUAAAGAUCCUACCUGGAAGGAUGGUGUUGGAAAAGCAGAAAAAGCACUUGAAAUGAAACCUGAUGAAAGGGUUGAUCUGGUUGUAUGUGUGGAUAGUUCAGGUGAAGAGAUGACUGAUGAAGAACUCGAAGAAAAUGAUGUCAUGUUGGAGUCGGUGGAAGAAAACUGCAACUUGAAAACUGAAUCUAGUGGUAAUUUAUCUGAACAACGAGGGAGGAAACGUCGAAUAAUAAUAGAAUCUGAAAGUGAAGAUUCUGUGGAUGAAUUUAAGCCUAAUGAUAAAGAUGAGAGUGAUUCUGACUCAAUCAGUAGUGGUGUUGAUGAAAAUGAAAUUUCAGAACCAGAACCUGAGUCUGAGGAUCUCUCACCUGUUAAGAAUAAAAGCCGGAGUGCAAAAAGAAGAAAAGUUGAAAAUAAUUCUACAAUACAGAAAUCUCCAAGAACACCAAUUUCUGUCAGCGACCAAACCAAAGCCAAGCUAGCUUCAUUUAGUGCAUCAAAAACGCCUUCAAAACCAAGUGAAUCUGAUGGUGAAACAAAAUUGUGGCCACAUUUGAAGUUAGACUUUCUGAAGGAUGGGAAACGAAGGGAUAUUGAAGGUCGGCCUCAGUCUCAUCCAGAUUAUGAUCCGAAAACAUUACUUGUUCCAGAAAGUUUCAAGAAAACCCUUACACCAGCUUUACGACAGUGGUGGGAAAUGAAAUCUCGGCACUUUGACACUAUACUUUUCUUCAAAGUUGGAAAGUUUUAUGAGUUGUACCACAUGGAUGCAGUAAUAAGUGUGAAUGAGCUGGGCCUAAUAUACAUGAAGGGUGACUUUGCUCAUUGCGGGUUUCCAGAGAUUGCUUAUGGUCGCUACUCUGAUGCUUUGAUCCAAAAAUUCAAAGUAGCUCGAGUGGAACAAACGGAAACACCACAAAUGAUGGAAGAAAGGUGUAAACAGUUAGUAAAACCAAGCAAAUAUGAUCGAGUUGUGAGGCGAGAAAUCUGUAGAAUAACAACAAAGGGAACUCGUACCUUUAGUGUUCAAGAUGGUGAACCUUCAACAGCUGGACAUUCUUAUUUGCUGGCAGUGACAGAGAAGAAUCAAGGUCUUAAACCUGGGGAUGAAAGUGAAUAUGGUGUAUGUUUUGUAGAUACAUCAAUUGGAAAGUUCAAUGUUGGGCAGUUUCUUGAUGACAGACAUUGUUCUCGUCUUAGAACUCUAAUUGCUCAUUUUCCACCUGUCCAGGUUCUUUGUGAGAAAGGAAUUCUUUCCAACAGAACACAGAAAAUCUUAAAAAGUUGCAUAACCUCUUCUCUUUUAGAAGCUUUGAAGCCUGGUUCAGAAUUCUGGGAAGAUUCUGCAACUCUCAAAUUUCUUAUAGAAAAUGAAUAUUUUAAGACUGAAGAUGGUAUAAUUUGGCCUGGUGCUAUCAAAAAGAUGAUUGAUGAAAGUGAUAAUUUGCAGCAAACAGCAAAAGAAGAAUAUCAUCUUGCAGUAAAAGCAUUGGGUGCUUGUAUAUGGUAUCUUCAAGAAAGUUGUAUCCAUGAUGAACUUCUAACGUUGAAAAAGUUUGAGGAGUACACACCAUUGGACACAAUAUCAAGUCCAGCAAACAUAUCAUUUUUACACUUUCAACGUAUGGUAUUGGAUGGGGUCACAUUACGCAAUCUGGAGAUUCUGGAAAAUAUGAGUGGAACAACAGAGGGUUCUCUUCUUCAGGUCAUGGAUCAUUGUAACACUCAGUUUGGAAAACGUUUGUUUCGUCAAUGGCUUUGUUCUCCUUUAUGUAACCCAUCUUCAAUUAAUGACCGUUUGAAUGCUGUGGAAGAUUUGCGAGGCUUACCAGAAGUUAGAACUGAAGUAACUAAAAUACUGAAGAAGUUGCCUGAUCUUGAAAGGUUAAUUAGCAAAAUCCACACCCAGGGGUCAGCUCACAGGAGCAAAUCACAUCCAGACAGUAGAGCUAUCUUUUAUGAAGCUGAAACAUACAGCAAGAGAAAAAUAACAGAUUUUCUAUCUGCUCUUCAAGGCUUUCAUUUGACAUUGGAAAUCCCUGAUGUGUUUGGAAAGGUUCGAGAUAACUUCAGGUCAGAAACAUUAAAACAAUGUGUGACCUCUGUUCUUGAAGAUGGAAAGUUUCCCGAUUUGAAGGAUACUUUGGACUUUUUUGAUAAAGCAUUUGACCAUGAAAAGGCCAAGAAAAAUGGAAAAAUAAUUCCUAGCAAAGGUGUUGAUGAGGACUACGAUUCUGCAGUUACAUCCAUUAACGAAACUAAGAAACUACUAGACGAGUAUUUAGAAAAACAAAAAAGACAUUUCUCGUGCAAAGUCACUUAUUUUGGAAGUGGAAAAACGAGAUAUCAGUUGGAAGUUCCAGAUAGUGCGGUGAAACACGCUACUGAUGAUCACGAACUUCAGAGUCAGAAGAAAGGUUACAAGCGAUACUGGACUCCGGAAAUUAAAAUCUUUUUGGCCAAAAUGAUAAAUGCAGAAGAGCGCCGAGAUGCUGCUCUACAGGACAUUAUGCGUAGAAUUUUUGCCACUUUUGAUACCCACUAUAAGAAAUGGGAAGGUGCAGUUCAGUGUCUGGCUGUGUUAGACUGUCUUCUUAGCUUAACAGAGUACAGCCUAUCAUGUGUGGGAGAAAUCUGUCGCCCAGAAGUUAUAAUUCCAAAUAUACCAUACCAGCCAUUUUUGGACAUUUCACAAGGAAGACAUCCAACAUUAGUGCAUCUCUUCUCAGGAUGUGAUUUUAUUCCUAAUGAUGUAAACAUUGGAAUGAAAGAGCAGCAGGAUGAAUCUGACGACAGUGGUCAUACCAGUAGUCUUGUGCUGGUGACAGGACCAAAUAUGGGAGGAAAGUCAACGUUGAUGAGACAAACUGGUCUAAUUAUCAUCAUGGCACAAAUGGGAUCAUUUGUACCCGCUACACACUGUCGGUUCACUCCUGUGGACAGGGUCUUCACACGGCUUGGAGCAAGUGACCGAAUAAUGGCAGGAGAGAGUACGUUUUUUGUUGAACUAAGUGAAACAUCAUCCAUCCUCCAGCAUGCCACCCAGCAUUCACUGGUACUUCUAGAUGAAUUAGGAAGAGGAACCGCCACCUUUGAUGGUUCAGCUAUUGCAACUGCUGUUGUUGAUGACCUUUCUUCCAGAGUACGGUGUCGCACAUUAUUUUCCACACACUAUCAUUGCCUUGUUGAUGAAUUUCUCCACAAUCCUAAUGUUAGGCUUGGUCACAUGGCAUGUAUGGUGGAGGAUGAAAAUCUUGAAGAUGUAACCAAGGAAACAAUUACAUUCUUGUCCAAAUUUGUUGAUGGUGCCUGUCCAAAAAGUUAUGGUUUCAAUGCUGCCCGUUUGGCUGGACUUCCUGUAGAGAUUAUAAAAAAAGGUCACCAGAAAGCCAGAGAAUUUGAAACAAGCCUUGAGUGCAGAAGAAAGUUUAAGAAAUUGCUAAACUGCACUGACAUUGACACCUUAAAAAGCUGUUUGGGGGUAUGUACAUAGCUGAACUUGAAAGAAGAACUUCCAAAGGAGCUUAUGAAGUUAAGAGGUGAAAAGUCUCCAUCAAUAAAGCAGGAAGAUUUUGAUAUUUAAAGAUGUAUUAAACUGUACAUGUGUGGUACAGGAAAGAUUUCCAUAAGUAAUAUUGCUGAUGUCAGAUUUAUGUAGUUUUUUUAAUGUUACAGAAACAUUUUUGCAUACGUUUUCAUGAUUAAUAAAAUAGUUGAUUUGUUUUUAAAAGAAUUUUCAUUAUUUUGAAUUGGAGAGAAAAAUAUUUCUAGGAAUGAGUAGCUGUUCUGUGAGUAACCCGUGUAUAAACUUUAUUAAACUUGAUUUUAUACUAUGAAGAAAUGUCUCAUUUCUCAUAUAUAAAAAGGUAAUUUUUUAGAUCUGUCUGACACAAGUAACUAACUACAUGUCUAAAAGUUUGUGGUGCAAACUUACCAGUGUAUUCAGACAAAAAAACUAUGAAAGAUAUUUAAUCAUUUGAAAAUCUCAAUUGCUAUUUUAUAGAAAACAGCCAAAACUUUAAAAAUACAAACAGGUCAUCUUGUGA